AUGUGUCUCGGAGGCGACUGGACGAAAUGGUUCAACACAGAUGAUCCAGUCACGUUGACCGGCGAGCUGCGCCGCGGCGAUCUUGAAACGCUCGAUCGAGCAAGGCUUGAAUCUAAAAGAUUAUGCCACGCGCCGAUCGGAUUCAAGGUCGGUUUGGCCAGCACACGAUCUUCUAUCGACAUCGAGAAUGUUCCUGGACUCUUUGUUGAAUAUGAAGGACCAACGAUGGGUGUGCGCUGCUAUCCAAAUGACAGUAAUUGCGACGACUACAUCAUCAAAUUCUGCUGCCCCUUGACCUCUAUCUGUCACUGGUCGGAGUGGUCAAACUGGUCUAGUUGUUCUUCCACAUGUGGGGAGAAAGGAAUCCGUCAUCGAGAAAGAAAAGAACUGUUCAAGCCAAGGAAUAUCGAUGAAUGCCCAGGUAAGGAUUAUGAAGUCGAGGACUGCGGUUCAGAUUCGUGCUGCGCCGUCGAUUGCGAAUGGUCUGCCUGGGGCGAGUGGAGCGAAUGCAGCGCCGGAUGCCACGGUGGCUCUCGAACCCGCAAGCGGGAGAAAGUAACAGAAGCAAGUUGCGGAGGAUCCUGCUCUGGUCGUCCUGAGCAGGAGGAGACAUGCAAUCCAGAUUGUGGCGUGUACGGCGUCUGGGACGGAGAAGGAUGCACCUGCGACGCGGGUUGGUUUGGACAGUGCUGUCGCGAGGAAGCUGAUUUUUCAGACGAAAUGACCGCUGAUGACGCCGGAGCCUUCUCCUUUCAAGAUCGAUUUGGCGGUCGCUUUCCAUCCCGUACUUUUACCUCCUCGCUCAUUAGCGCGAAUAUAAUUGAUGAAGAAGAACCGGUUGCUGACCCAUGGGCCGAUGCUGUUGAAGCAAACUCAGCUGCGGAAAACGAAACUUGCCAGAAAUUGAUGAAGCGGGAAGCGCCGCGCAACGGGCAACUCACAUGCCAGCGACAUCGUCAGACAACUUCCAUCGCAUGCAGCGUAACGUGCAAUCCAGGCCACGAUUUUGUCGAAAAACCAGCGCACAAGUAUUUUUGCCAUCCUUCCGGGGUCGUCUUCACAAAUCCUCCAGGGAGAUCGCUCGAUUGGCCGGACUGCACUCGCAAACAUUCCACGAAGGGACAACGCUCUGACAUUUACAUGGAGUACAAGUUGGAGGAUGGAGAUAAUUGCGAGGAGAAUCUUCACGAGCUCAAACAAGCGUUCAAACAACAGAGCCUCAAACAAACAACAGAUGGAAUUCUUGCCUUGCUCCAUGGCGAACCUGUGCUUCCUGGGUUCGACUUCUUUACCCGCGUCCGAAUGCGCUGCGGAAGGAAGGAGGAAGUGCUCAAGACGGCUCAAGUCGAAGAUCAAAGGCCGGUGUCGACGCUCAUCUCCGCACGAUCGUCCGGCUUCGGGAAUCUAGAACCAGAAGCGCCCUCUCGAACUUUGCUCUCCAAAGAGGAAUUUCGCCGCCAGAAAAAGAAGGCCAACAGAAAAUCGAGACGACAAGAGCGAAGAAAACAAAAUCGCAAAGAUAGAUCAAGGCGUUCAAUUGACAAUUCUAGUGUAUUCGUCGAACUUAGACUUUUGCAGUUCUCUCAACAAGCAUCUUCUUCAACAACUUUCAACCUCCCCGCCUUUCUCAGAAACCAUUUCAAAGCAAUGAACUCAACCCUUCUCGACCUCCGAUCUCACAAACGUGGCAAAGAACAUCUUCUGGCGAGACUACAGCUCGCAGAAAUCGCCGACGAUACAGUAAAAGAAGACCGCUGCCUAAAUGGAGAAGUGAAGAGAAUUCAUGAUGGCGAAGAGAUUUGCGUGGCGUGUCCCGCUGGAACUUAUCAGAAAAGCUCGCAGUGUCUUCAAUGUCCUGCUGGAAAGUUCAAUCCAAAAGAAGGCCAGACCAAUUGUAGGCAGUGUCCAGCUGGUAGUGAAUCUACAGUAGCUGGUGCCAAGAGUUUAUCAGACUGCUAA